GGUCAAGUUGUGUUCCGUAAUGCUGAGCAACGAGAAAAUUGUGGAAAGAUCGCAUUUUUCCCCCCUUCUUCUUCCUCUGUACGACCAUCCGCAGAAGCAAACGAACCACUCCAUUUGAGAUCAUUGAAAGCGGUCACAGAUUCCUCGCCUUUUUCUCAUUCUGUCGGGACCCGUUGAGGAAUCGGAACUUGAGGAUCCUUUCUUCAAUUCAUUUUCUGCUGACGGAUUGAGAGUUUUUUGUUUUGUUUUUUUAAAUCCCAACUAGCCUUCUUCUUCUUCUUCUCAUCUGUUUUAGAAGAAGGCUUUCUGGGAUUAUAAAUCUUUCCUUGGCGAAACUUCGAUGAAAAUGAUAAGAUGGUGGAUUGCAUCACUGCAAUUGGCGGAGCUUUUUGUAACCUCUGUGGUUCAUUUGGUGUACGGCUUUUAUAUAUUCAGCACCGCUGUGGCCGGUGAUCUCUCUCUGGGGUUGAGUGAUUGGUUCUUCAAGCCCAAUCUGGAGAAUGGGUUGAAGGCAGAUGAGCCAAACAAGAUCUCCAGCGUCACAGAUUUGCCUCCCAUUGUGUUGGUACAUGGAAUCUUUGGUUUUGGCAAAGGGAGAUUGGGUGGGUUAUCUUAUUUUGCAGGAGCAGAGAAGAAAGAUGAAAGGGUUCUCGUUCCGGAUUUGGGUUCGUUGACUAGUGUUUAUGAUAGGGCACGGGAAUUGUUUUACUAUUUGAAAGGAGGUCAGGUUGAUUAUGGGGAAGAGCACAGCAAGGCGUGUGGCCAUUCUCAAUUCGGAAGAACUUAUGAGCAAGGACAUUAUCCUGAGUGGGAUGAGGAUCAUCCAAUUCAUCUUGUUGGGCAUUCUGCUGGAGCGCAAGUUGCUCGUGUUCUGCAGCAAAUGCUCGCUGACAAGGCAUUCAAGGGGCAUGGAAACACUUCAGAGAAUUGGGUGCUAAGCAUAACAUCAUUAUCUGGCGCUUUUAAUGGCACAACAAGAACUUACUAUGAUGGAAUGCAGCCGGAAGAUGGGAGAUCUUUGAAACACAUCUCGCUGCUCCAGCUUUGCCGCAUUGGAGUGAUAAUCUAUGAUUGGUUUGACAUACCAUGGCUGAAGGCCUACUACAAUUUUGGGUUUGAUCAUUUCAACAUGUCUUGGAAGGAAAGUGGCAUUUGGGGUUUCGUCGAUUGCCUUUUAGGAAAUGCGGGCCCGUUUGCUUCAGGGGACUGGAUACUUCCAGACCUUACGAUCCAGGGUGCUAUCAGACUGAACAGCCACUUGCACACAUUUCCCAACGCAUACUACUUCAGCUAUGCCACACAGCGCACAAAAAAACUCAUGGGGUUUACAGUGCCUUCUGGCUUACUUGGAAUACAUCCUCUACUGUUUAUCAGAGUACUCCAGAUGUGCAUAUGGCGACAUCCUGCUGAUGUCACCCCACCUUACAAAGGUUACAGGGAUGAGGACUGGUGGGACAAUGACGGAGCACUAAACACUAUAUCCAUGACUCACCCACGAUUGCCCGUUGAACAUCCAAGUCAUAAUGUUGUUGCGGAUUCUGACUGCCAGCCAUUGCAACCAGGCAUCUGGUAUUAUAAGAUAGUGGAAGGGGAUCACAUUCUUUUCAUUGUGAAUCGCGAAAGAGCGGGAGUUCAAUUUGAUGUGAUAUACGACAGCAUAUUUGAGCGCUGCAGGAAGCACGUCUUUAGGAAACUUCCAACCCUCCCUGACCAGGCCAGCCUCUAGGUAGGUAGCUCUGCAAAGCCGAAGAGCAGUACGGUCAAUGGAGAUAUCAUGUAGUAGUAAUUUGUUGUUGUGUUAGAAUUCUGUCUUCUUCUUCUUCUUCUUUCCUCUGCCCUCUUUUGAUCGACGAAAUAUGCUAUCCUGACACCAAAGGUGACACCACCCUACUCACAGACCAGCAUAGACAAUGCAUGAAAGGGUAACACCAGAGUAUGACACCGUGUGUUUCACAGACAUGCAUGCAUGUCUCUAUGAAACACAUGGCAUGUCAUGUCUGUAUGUGUGACCCAAAUAAUGACAUCAGAGUUUGACACCAUGUGUUUUUAAACUUAGGUAUGUGUGUGAAGGUGGUGUCAACUAAGCAUUCCCCCUUUGAUUGAUUCCUUCUCAAUUCAUAGAUAGAGAAGACCCAUUAGGUUUGUUGAAGAAAAAAAUUUGGAAUGUUUGUACGGAUGAUUCAUUGACCGCAGACUACCCGAAUGGGCACACACAUCGUUUAAUGCUCUGUAUGUAUUGGCUCAUUUUGUAACUCAUACUUUGGAUGUGAUAAAUAGAAUGCUUCCUCAAAAGAACCAAGGGUUGCUGAAAUGUUGAUUCAUCACAUGUGCUAUUUUUUCUUUUUUAUUUAGUGAAAUUUGCUGUGUAUUA